UCGCACUAUACAAUUUCCUCAGCGACUCUGCAAAACAGUUACUGUUAGAUUUAGACUUGAGACACCCUCCAAAAACUGCAUAUCAGCUUUUGUAAUAUCCUUUUUUCUAUUUAAAAAUAUUUAAAGGUCAGCAAAAUUUAUCACUCGCAGACAUCGAAUAGCAACUCUUGAUAAUCCUUUCCAUUGCUCCUCUGUCCUUUAUUAGGUUAUAACGCAGCAUCCAAAAUGACUCCUCCUCCAUCUGAGAUGCAUAUCAUUUUAUUAAUUCAGGAAGGUUCUGAUCCCAAAACUCGUAUUUGGAGUGACCAUUGCAGUGUACGAUCGGCCAUUGAAUAUAUAAUUGGCGUCUAUUCUACUGGUCAAGAACAUCCAAACAGAGAACCAAUGGAUAUCUCUCGUUUCUACACAUUUUUUGACGAUAUUUACGAUUGUGUGCCUCUGGUGUACGACCGUCAUUUCCGUGCUUAUAUUCCUCACGAUAAGCAGUGGCUACUGUUCCAAGCCCAAGAAUACAUUAAGACAAACAAGCCAGUUGUUUAGAAAAUAGAAAUGGAUGUUCUCAAUAUUGGAUCUUCUAAUGUCGCCUACUGAUUAUCCUUGUAGUUUUCCUUAUUAAGUGAACUGCUGAACUGCAACUUUUAGAAUAAAAACGCAUAGGAAAUCCAUCCAUCGUUGUUUGUUGAUUUUGUAUUCCAAUGUUUUUUAUUAUUUUUGUUACUCUUGCUCACAAAAAGCUUAGAGUGCAAGCCGGCAUCGGAUUCUAUUUUUCACCAAUUGUUUUUCUAUGUGGAUGAGCGAAAGUUCAUUUGCUUCUUAAUUAAUGAAGGUUCAUAAAUAAAAUAGAUGUAUUUUUGGAACGCGUACAAUCGCAUAAUUUUUCUUCUUUAGGGACAUCUCUUGCAACAACCAUAUUGCACACCAAGGGUGCAGAUGCUCUCAUCUUUUUCUAUUGAAUGAAAAUCUCUUACGUUCAUCAUGCGACUAGAUACUUUAACUUGCUUAUGUUUUCUUUUUGUUUACAUCUGAUAAAAUUUUACGUCCUUUAUUUCCUUC